AGAUCAGCUAAGUCCUCUGGACCUGAUCAACUUAACCUUAACCUCUGGAUCUGAUCAACUUAAGCUACUGAUUUCAACUACUUCCGGCCUAACUACGAAACAAUGAAUUUUACAAGCUAUAUCUUAGCUUUUCAGCUUUGCGUGAUUUUGUGUUCUUCUGGCUAUUACUGUCAGGCCAUGUUUUUUAAAGAAAUAGAAAACCUAAAGGAAUAUUUUAAUGCAAGUAAUCCAGAUGUAGCAGACGGUGGGCCUCUUUUCUUAGAUAUUUUGAAGAACUGGAGAGAGGAGAGUGACAAAACAAUCAUUCAAAGCCAAAUAGUCUCCUUCUACUUGAAACUGUUUGAAAACUUUAAAGAUAAUCAGAUCAUUCAGAGGAGCAUGGAUACCAUCAAGGAAGACAUGCUUGUCAGGUUCUUCAAUAGCACCAACAGUAAGCGGGAUGACUUCCUUAAGCUGAUUCGAAUUCCCGUGAAUGAUCUGCAGGUCCAGCGCAAAGCGAUAAAUGAACUCAUCAAAGUGAUGAAUGAUCUCUCACCAAGAUCUAACCUAAGGAAGCGGAAAAGGAGUCAGAAUCUGUUUCGAGGCCGCAGAGCAUCGAAAUAAUGGUCAUUCUGCCUGCAAUAUUUGAAUUUUUAAAUCUAAAUCUAUUUAUUAAUAUUUAAUAUUUUACAUUAUUUAUAUGAAGAAUAUAUUUUUAGACUCAUCAAAGUAUUUAUAAUAGCAAUUUUUAUGUAAUGAAAACGACUAUUAAUAUAUGUCUUAUUUAUAAUUCCUGUAUCCUGUGACUAUUUCACUCAACCCCUUCCCUUUUUUAUUCUGACCAACUAGGCAAGACUGUGAUUUCAAGGCUUAAUCUCAGGGACCAAGUAGGCAGCCGAUUUAAGUAAGACCCUGUGGGGUGUGCAUUUAUUUCACUUGAUACCAUGAGCACUUAUAAAGGAAAUGAUGCCAUCCAGUCCCUGCCUAUUUGGGAACAUGUCUGCAUUAUGGGCCACUGCUCUAA